AACAAAACGUCAAUCACAAAGUAACUUAGAAAAAACGUUUAAAAAUAAGAUGCAAAUUUUAAUUAUAUUCUAACAAUAAAACGAAUCAUGAAAUACGUCUCACGUCAAAUAAGAAAAACUACUUGCGUAGAAUUUAUACGUACGGUAGUAUAACUUCUACUUUUAAAAAUGUGUAUUGGUAGGAUUUUUAUGUUCUUAAUAUACCAAGCCUUCCCGUAUUUGGUGUUCACGGAAUCGUGUGGUGACAUAAUAUGCUCAAAUGUGUAUGACCCGGUGUGCGGCGAAGCUGCGGCCCUGGAUGGACGUAAAGUGACUCAGAGAUUUCAAAAUAUUUGCUAUCUGCGCCUGUUACAAUGCCAGUUCAGAUUUACAGGACUAGAGCAGAUUCCAGACGACUAUUGCAAUAUAAGAAAGGUGGAAGUUUCUCUUCUAACUGGCCGUCGAGUAUAUGACUUUAGCAUAGUUGGAGCACACCAGGCCUGUAAUCACACUUGCCCCACGUACUGCCUCGAUACAUACGACCCAGCCUGUGCACAGAUCUGGUCCAGCAAUAUGCAGAGCUACCACUACAGACCGAUGAUAAACCAUUGCCAUAUCGAUAUGUUCUCGUGUGUUGUAGGAGUCAAUGUCACUAUUCAGCCGCUGAUCGGAAAAUGUUACAAAAACCCUUCCGCCAUAAACUUCAUGUUCAACAUCGCAUCACUGAAAACACUCAAACUUCUCGACGAACCUUCUCCUCACCCCAUCGUACAAGGACGUAGUAGAAGAGCUUACUCGUAUAACAAAGACGAAAACAUAUUGCUUAAAAAGGAAGUUAAACGAUUCGUAAAGACAUUAAUGACUAAAUAACAGCCACUUGGUAAUUGAACUAUAAUAACCAGA